AUGACAAGAGAGAAUCAGCUUGGGGAAAUGAACAAUCAGAAUGUUGACAUAAUGGAAGAUCGUGAUCAACAAGAGGUUGUUCAGAUCACAGUUAUGCUGCCGAAUACUGGAACAACAAAAGGAAAAAGACCCUUGCAACAGAGGGAUCAUUACAUUAAGUCAGGAAGAUGGAAGCAAGUAUCUCAACAAGACCCGGUGGAAGAAGAAGAGAUUGUGCAGAUCAAUAAUGAAGAAAUCGAUCAUCAAGCCCAAUCAAGGAUAUCAAAAAGAAGAAAACAAGUAUCUCAACCAAUAAUGACAAGAGAGAAUCAGCUUGGGGAAAUGGGCAAUCAAAAUGUUGACAUAAUGGAAGAUCGUGAUCAACAAGAGGUUGUUCAGAUCACAGAUGAAUAUCAACAUUCAUACGGUCAAGCAUCAUAUCAAAGAAGUAGACAAGGAUCCGCUAUUGCAUAUGAAGAUUCAGUGAUAAGACGUAAAAGUACAGAAGACACUAUGUUGACUGCAUGGUUUCAGGCAAAUAAAACUUAUCCAGAAGCACGUGGAUUAACUUAUACAGAGUUUCCAACUAAAUUUGUUUGGCAUGAUGACAAAAAAUAUUGGGCACCAAGAAAACGAUACGAAAUGAUUGGACGAAUAACAAACGUGCCUCCUACAGCAGGCGAAUUAUAUUUUAUGAGAAUGUUAUUAAAUAUACAAAAAGGUUGUCAUGAUUUCAAUUCAAUAAAAACUAUUAAUGGAAUUAUAUAUCCUUCCUAUCAAGAAGCAUGUCAAGCUUUAGGUGAAAUGGCUGUUACUCAUUUCAGUCUUUAUGAUCACUUUUUAACUGCUGCAUGA